GAGGAAGGCGGUGAAGGCGUUGUCGGAGCAUCGGGAACAGGCUGUGGUAGUUGGGGUACUGACAGCGACAUGGACAACGCGGGCAAGGAACGCGAGGCGGUGCAGUUGAUGGCGGAGGCCGAGAAGCGAGUCAAAGCCUCCCACUCCUUCCUCCGAGGGCUGUUUGGAGGGAACACAAGAAUAGAAGAGGCUUGUGAAAUGUAUACCAGAGCUGCAAAUAUGUUCAAGAUGGCUAAAAAUUGGAGUGCAUCUGGAAAUGCAUUUUGUCAAGCAGCCAAGCUCCAUAUGCAGCUGCAGAGCAAACAUGAUUCUGCUACCAGUUUUGUGGAUGCUGGAAAUGCUUAUAAAAAGGCAGACCCACAAGAGGCUAUCAACUGCUUAAAUGCAGCCAUCGACAUUUACACAGACAUGGGAAGAUUUACAAUUGCAGCCAAGCACCAUAUUACUAUUGCAGAAAUCUAUGAGACUGAGCUUGUUGACAUUGAGAAGGCCAUUGCACAUUAUGAACAAUCUGCUGAUUAUUACAAAGGGGAAGAAUCCAAUAGUUCUGCAAACAAGUGUCUGCUGAAAGUAGCAGCUUAUGCUGCUCAACUUGAGCAGUAUCAGAAAGCUAUCGAGAUCUAUGAGCAGGUAAGAAUGCUACUGUGUUAGUCCAGGUUGACUAGAGAAACAAAAGAAACACUCAUAUAUAAAGUUCAUUUCAAGCAUUUCCUAAUUUCUGACUUUAAUAGAUUGCUUUCUUCCUAGCUUGCUCUUGAGAAAUAUGAGGAAAUGUUUCCAGCAUUUACUGAUUCAAGAGAAUGUAAAUUAUUGAAAAAACUUCUAGAAGCUCAUGAAGAGCAAAACAGUGAAGCUUACACUGAAGCAGUAAAGGAGUUUGACUCAAUAUCUCGCUUGGAUCAGUGGCUUACUACCAUGUUGCUUCGUAUCAAAAAAUCCAUCCAAGGAGAUGGAGAAGGAGACGGAGACCUAAAAUGAAAUGUUUAUAUAUUUGUGGCAUGUAGCUAACUCUUACUUAUUUUUGUCGUAAGGCCAAGUAUUCUUUAUUGGAUGCUUAUGUCAUGGCUUAAUUUUGUUGCAUAAGAACUAAAUGAUCUGUAUAUUAUUUGUGGUCACUAUGUCUGUGUAAUGGUGAUUUAUGGAUAUGACGUGUAAUUCAUGCUUGCCAGAGCCCCUGGAUUUUCUGAAAACUACUUCAUCAUCUUAAACUCCUAUUAUUUUGCUAUGUACAUAGCCCAUAUUUAAUUUUGUCACUUUUUUAUGGUCUUUUUUUCUUGGACUUGAGUACCCAGCAUAAUUGUUUUACUAUAUGCUUUGUAUAUUCUCUAUAUACUAGCAUCAUGAUGUGUUCACUAAAUAUAUGUGCUUGCUUAGGACAGUUAUUACGAAUGAGUUUAUAACUUUCAUUAGGAAUUGUUUAUAUUUUUGGUAUCCUGUGACUAUUUUGAUGGUGCUAGUGACAAGUUCCAGUGCUUUUUAUAUUGUUGUGUAUGCUAUCAUGUGCAUGGCAAACAUUCAGUACUGCUUCACUCUGUUGUCAACAUUCACACUGUCAGGAAGGGAGCAUCCUGACAGUACUCGCUUAUGUGUAUUAGUGUCAGGGAGGAUCUAACUGACAAGUACUUACACACACACAGAAAAAAGUCUACAAGAGAUUAAUUUUCCUUGUCCCUUCUUUAGUUGGAAAUAAGUGAUUUAAGUUGGGAAUCACUUUCUUUAUAAUCUUUUUUUUCCUUUAUAUUCUUAUAAAGGUAUUUUGUCAGACUUUUCUCCUGGUUUUCCCAUGUCAAGCAUUUUCCCAUGUUGAUAUACAAUGAACCUUCUGUAUCUUUGGGUUCUGCAUCUUUAAAUUCAACUAACCAAUCAUCAAAAAAUACCACCCCCAAAGGCACCUACAAAGAAAUUAAGUGAUCAGAGCAAGCCCUAAGAAGCUAAGAGGGAACAUAAAAUGCUAUUCAUAUUUUAUUGGGUAGCAUAAGUAAUAUAGGGACGAUUUAAAGUAUUAGGAGAAUAUCUGUAGGUUAGUAUAUAAAAGUGUAUUUUAGAUGAGCAGACUUCACAAAGUUUAUGGGAAAAGUCCAUUAUCUUUUCAAUUCCAUUUUUCCAUGAACUUGUUGAAGCAUCUUUAUGUGGGUUUUGGUAUUGGGAUUGUGGGGGUAAGGGAGGAUCCUCAAACCAAAACCCACAUGCAUACCAAGGGACAACUUAAUAUCUUCUGUGCCAGUCAGGACUGACUAGAUUAUGUCAAAGCUUGAGAAUGUAUGUAAAUAAUUAUAUCUGUUUAUUUAACCUGAUGUGCUUAGGUGGGGAUAAAUCUAGUACUGGAUUAAUUAUAUGCUGAGAUGGGCAAGAACCCUAAUUUGCUUCUAAGGGGCAUACUUUUUCUGUUAGCUGUGUUAUUGUGUGCAUUUGAACUCUGCCCUGCUUAUUUUUAUUAAAAUAGCAAAUAUUCUCUUGGUUAAAGAAUUUUAUCCUACUCCUUAAUGGUGGUAUAGGAAGUCCUCGUGGCCUUGUGGGUUAAACAUUGGGCUGCUAACCACAAGGUCAAUGAAUGCUAACCUUAAGGUCAAAACCCCAGCUGUUCUGCAGGAACAAGACGAGAGCAUGUGCUCUCGUCAGAUGCACAGUCUGGGAACCCUACGUUGGAUUAGUGCAUCAGAAUAGACUCGAUGGCAGUGGGUAUUAAUGCUGUGUGUGGAUUGUCUAGUUUAGAAAUGAUCUUGUUUCCAAAAUAUCUUGUGCAUAUUUUUAUGCUUAAAAGAUUUGCACUUGAUGAUGCAUUUGUUACCAGCAUAGCCUAUUGUGCUUUCUAAAUUGUGCUGCUGUCAUUGGUGACAGUGAAAUGUCCUAUGUUGUGGACAUUACUAGUAUUUGAAUGCUAUUUUUGUUUUGGGAUUUCGUUCUACAGACUUGGGUAGGACUGUAUUUUUCAGAUAGAGUAGAUGUGCCUGGACUAAGGUCAGAUCUAAAAAGGCUUCAGUGAGUUGGUCAAUCUUAGGGUGAAGGAUUAAAGCACAAACAGUGGAAAAGAGCUAGCUGAGGCCAGAUGGUGGAGUGUUCUGCAUCAGAUGAUGCCAGCAGGAGUCCCUGACAUCUUUACGGUGGUACUCUGUGCAAGAUAGAUGGUGGAGCAGAAAGCUCAGUGAUAUCAGUGUCAGGUGGGGAUGGAUGGGAUGGGUCAGAAGCUAUGUGAGUGCUGAAUAUGAUCAUCAGUAACAUUACUUCUUAAAAUGAAAGUGGAUCAUCAGAUUAGGUAAAUUUUGCACCUUUACUUCCCCAUGGAGUCCUUUAUGAAAAAGAUUAGAGAAAAAUGCAGGUUCUUAUUGCUAUUCCUGAUUUUCCUGGUUGCUCUUCCAACCAGCUAGCUAAAUUUGGGAAUUGGAAAUUUGGAAGUGGUUUGUAGCUUAUUUCUUCUGGUUCUAAGUCUGUUCCCUAUGGUGAAAACAUCUAAACACUAGCCAGGUUGUGUGCUUGUUUCAUCCUGAGGCAGUAGCUUGUUUCCACUUAAUAAUCUUCCAACCUGACUAAAAUAAACAAAUGAUCUUUCAAGGCAAUUUCCUCAUCAUCCCCUAACAGACCCUGGCUAAAGAAAAGGUAUGACUUUGUAAAUUAGUAUCUGUAAAGUUUUAUUGUCAAUCAGUUACUGUAUUGAAAUAGACACUAGGAUCUGUGCCUGGGUUAAGAAUUUUUAUUUUUAAUAUUUCACAUGAAAAUAGUAAAAAAAAUGCAAUGGCUAAACAAGAUUAAUGGCAGAUGAGAGAAAAGGCCAAGUAGCAGUAUGAAAAAAUACUUGAUUGAUCAUUGAAAUACUGUUUCUUUUACAAUGCCUACAAGUUAGGUUUUCAAGAUUUAUAGAAUGCAAUUUAUGGACAAAGCAAUGAUGGAUGCUAUUUUCUUGUAUUUUCGUAAACCUGGGGCUAGUUCAUAGUUAAAAUUUCUUACAGGAAAGCUCGCUUUUUGUGGCAACAUUUUUAAUAGCUUGCAUUCUGCGUUCUUCCAAUGAUUUAAAAAAAAAAAACAGUAUUUUUGCACAACUGUGGCCAUAGGUGUUGGUAUCACUGUAACCAAAGUAUAUGCAUUAGCCCUUAAGCAGUUAUUGUUUCUUCUGAUAUUGUGUAUUUAAACUGCCCAAAUGCAAACAAUUGUGACUUUCUUUUGAGGACUUGGCAGCACAGCAUGUCACCUGUAACUUACCCACCUGUGUUGUGAACUGUUACAUUUUCGCCUUGUGAACUCCCAAAUCAGUCUCUGCUGGUGUUCUCUUUCCCAAUGAUCCCAGAGGAUUAAUUAUGAAAACUAACAUGUAAUGAUAAAUCUACCUUAGCAGAAAGAAUAUUUAUGUUCUUUGUGAACCUGUAUGGUAAAUAAAGUGGAAAUUAUGAAAAAUA